AUGUAUCUUGAGAACGCCGAGCGGAAGGCCAUGAAGGAAGAGAUCAAGAGGGAGGUGAACGCCAUUCAUAGGCAAAAGGACACGACUCCAAAAGAAGAUUGGCACCGUCUCAAUAAGAAAAUCAAUGAGACGGUGGUCCGAUGGAACAAGGAUCAUCCGAAGAUGCCAAACUAUUUGGAUCUUCAUUGGAUGACCGUCUACGGAGCACUCUGCUUCGUAGAGAAGGAGCUUCUGGGCGAACCAGAAACCCUUCAUGUGGAGACCGGAGUGGGGAAGAACUCCAAACUCUCGAUGCCUCAAAUCAAGAUGAGCAUCUUGAAGACGAGAUGGAGAGGAUCCUGUCAAGAGGGAUACUGUACCCAUCAGGUUCCAGCAAAGGAUAUGAACGGAGUCAAUGACAAGGGAUUCGAAAACAUUCAAGCAUGCUAUAAAUGUCUUACUGUACCUAAAUCUUACUGUAUUUAA